GUAAUGUCAUCCUCUCUCUCUUUCUCUCUCUCUCUCUCCCUCUCACAGGAUGCCCACGAAAACCGACUGCUCGCCUGUGCCCUUCACCAGCGACCAGGGACAAUAUUCUCCCCUCUCCGGGGACGACAGCAGCUCGUUCGAUUCCAUCAGCACCGUCCUGUCUCCGGAAGGCGCCCCGACCCUUCGCCUGGGCUCGGGAGACGACGCUGGCAGCCUGCGCGCUCGGAAGUCCGGGCAGGGCGCCCCGGAGAGCAGAAAGAAGAAAGCGAGGAGCCGCUCUAGGGUGAAAAACGAAGCCACGGCGACUAAGCAGCGGAAGAACCGGCGCACGAAAGCGAAUGACCGGGAGCGCAACCGCAUGCACAAUCUGAACGACGCGCUGGACGCGCUGCGGGGAGUCCUGCCCACCUUCCCGGACGAUGCCAAGUUGACCAAAAUCGAAACGCUCCGUUUCGCUCACAAUUACAUCUGGGCGCUGACCGAGGCGCUGCGGAUGGCGGAGCAAGGGCGCCCGACCUACGUGGCCAGCGGCCGGGGACACUCCUUCGAGCUCGCCAGCUCCCCGCCAUCGCCAUCCUCCUCCGACUGGGACUGCUCGCAUUCCGCCGAGUCCCUCAGCCCCCAGAGCUCCGCCGACGAGAUGUUCCUGUCGGCGCAACAGGAGCGAACCCACGGCCUGCACAGCCCGCCUUACGCCGGCUUCAUUUGACUCUUGCGUUGUGUAGAAAACACCGCUGCCCUCUCCCACCUUCCCUGCGCGGCGCUGGUGGAGGCGCGGAAACCACACUUGCCUUAUUCGCCCCUGGAGUAGUUAGUUAGCAUCUUGGACACUGCACCCCCCCCCCCUCCCCCUCCCUCCUUCCCCCCGAACUCGGCUGCAGACUGAGCGACGUGGAGGAUGCUACAGAGAUGUCCCAUCGCAACUAAAUCAGAGAAAGAUCAAGAAAACUCUCCCGACUGUGACUGUAAGGUGGGUCGCCCGCCCACAGGCAACAAGGAACGGCGCUUACUUCCCCGAUAUCCCUGCAAUUUUUAUAAUUCCAAAUGAUAAAUUAUAUCGCUGACGCGUGCAUUUUUUAUAUAUUUAUUGAUGCAGAAUUAAUUGAAAAUAUAUAUUGUAUAUAAAAAGAGAUUUUUCUGUCGCAUUGAAUCAUUGUACGAACGUGUUCUGAUGUUGGCAAUAUGUUUUUUUUUCUACAUUGUAAUAAAAUGUUGACUUUA